ACAACUACUUCCUUUAUUGUUUCCCUCUGUUUUCUCCACACUCUCACAGCACUCAAAAGAUUCAUGGAGAAGAUGAUGAGAAAAACCCUUCGUAUAGAAUUCUAAAACAAGUAAGUGAAGUCUUUCAGAAAUGGAUUUUCUCUGCAAGAUUUUCUUCUUCCUUGUUCUCCUCUCGGUUUUAGCUUUUGCAGAAUCUGCUAGUAAUAGUGUGUGUAAUAGUAAAGACCAAGAGUUGGUUUUGAAAGCUUUUAGUUCUGUUUCUGGAUUCAAACCAUCUUCAGUGUUUAAAUCCACUGAUAACAAGUGUAAGAAUCCACCAGUAAAAGAAAUAAAUCUUUCAUCGAGUAAUCUGAGUGGAAUCGUUUCAUGGGGUUUUCUAAGUCACUUAACUCAGUUAGCAUCUAUUGAUCUUUCUAAUAACUCGUUACAAGGCUCUGUUCCUGGUGGGUUCUGGUUGAUUCCGUCUCUGGUUCAUGUUAAUCUCUCAAUGAAUCGGUUUGGUGGGAACGUUGGGUUUGAAUCAGAAAUCAGUUCAUCUUCUUCAUCGAUUCAAGUAUUGAAUUUAUCAAACAACAGGUUUACGAAUUCGUUUCGGUUGUUUGGUUUCACAGAGAUGAAGAGUCUUGAUGUUUCGAAUAAUGAUUUGAGGUUUUUUCCGUCUGGGUUUCAGAGUUUGAAUAAACUUGAAUAUCUUAAUCUCUCCAACUGUAAUAUCUCUGAAAACCCAAAAUAUUCGAUUUCCGAAAUUCAUUCUCUGAAAUCAUUGGAUGUUUCUGUUAACAAAAUGAAUGGUUCUUUUCCUUCUGAUUUCCCUCCUCUUACGAAUCUCAGGUUCUUGAAUAUCUCGUUCAAUCAUUUCGCUCUUCAUUCAAAUCCUUACACUACAAAGUUCGGCAAAUCUUCAUUUAUUCAAGCAGGGAAGAUUAUCAGUACUUCAAAAAAAUCUCCAAUUCCGUCAACAAAAUCAAAAGAAAAACAAAAACCCAUUGUUGCAAACCAAAAUUUACACAAACCCAAAUCGAAAAACAGAGUUUUGAUUCUGAGUAUAGUAAUUGCAGCAGCAGGAAGUGUGGUUUUGAUUGCCAUUACAUCCCUGGUUAUUUGUUUAGUACUGAGAAAGAGGAGAACAGAGAAAAGAAAGAAAUGGGCGAUAUCAAAACCGAUUCAUCCAAACACAGCGAAACUCGAUAAAUCAUCAGGACCAUUUUCAUUUGAAACAGAGUCAAGAACAUGGGUGGCUGACAUCAAAGAACCUUCUUCAGUACCAGUAAUAAUAUUCGAGAAGCCAUUAAUGAAUCUUAGCUUCAUAGAUUUAAUCGCUGCUACAUCAUACUUCGGUAAAGAAUCACUUGUUGCUGAAGGCGGUCAAAAUGGUCCAGUUUAUACCGCUGUUUUACCUGGAGAUAUUCACGUUGCCAUUAGAGUUCUAGAGAAAGUUCAGAGUCUUAAACAUGAUGAAGCUGCUGCUAUGUUUGUUGAUCUAUCCAGAUUGAAACAUCCAAACAUCCUUCCUCUUUCCGGUUACUGUAUUGCAGGAAAAGAGAAAUUGUUGAUAUACGAGUUCAUGCCAAAUGGGGACUUGCACAGGUGGUUACAUGAACUUCCAACAGGGCAGUCCAAUGUGGAAGACUGGAGGAAUGAUUCAUGGCAACAUCCUAAUGAGGGAAGCUCCUCCUCGAGUGCGAUUUUCUCAGCCAAUGAUAUCAAGAUGGGUUGGCGGAUUAGACACCGGAUCGCCAUUGGAAUAGCCCGUGGACUAGCAUACCUGCACCACGGUGGUUCCAAGGCAGUAAUCCAUGGCAAUCUAAAGUCUUCGAAUGUGUUACUCUCGGAUGAUUUCGAACCCAGAAUUGCCGACUUCGGCAUCACAAGAGAAGGAGAAGAGGAAAUGACCGGGACAACCGAAGACGACGUUUACUGUUUCGGUGUAAUCUUGAUGGAACUGUUAACCGGGAAGAUUGUUUGUAAAGAGAUGGUGAAAUGGGUUAGGGGACUGGUUAAAGAAAGGGAAGGCAUACAAGGAUUAGACAAGAGUUUGUUGAUGCUGAGUAGUGAUGAUGACUCGGUGAGUGAGAUGGUUGAGUGUUUACGAGUUGGGUAUCUGUGUACAGCCGAGUUGAGCAAGAAGAGACCUGCAAUGCAGCAAGUUGUGGGUCUGUUGAAAGAUUUGUACAGAGCUUCUGGUAGUAGCAGUACUGUUGUUGACUUGAUUGGUCAUUGAUUUUGACUUUUCAUUAAUCAAUAUAUUUGUCUUGUUAUCCAUUAAGUUAGUUUGUACAUAUUUUGUUUUUCUCA